AAGGGAAGGAGGGGAGGCUGACAACCACUGUAACUAGGUGUGCUGGGCACAACAAGCAGCCUCCAGCAGUCCUAGGCCAAGCCAGUCUGACCUGCAAGGAGUGAAACAAAAGCCACCGUUGCUGGUGUGAUGAUAGGCAUCAGCAGCAGUCUCAGGCUGGUCCCAUAGUGCGGGGUCAGACGGCCCCAAGAAGGGGCCCAAAAUCAUGGCGCUUUGGGGCCUCCCAAGUGACUUCUGAUCAGGACCACCAGAGAGAGGUUGUAGCACCAGCUUUUCUAUUUUUUAUUAAGGGGCAGGCAACCCCUUCCACCCCCACUCACCCUCCUCCGGCAAUAAACACAGCUGCGGUAUUUUGGAUGGGAAAGCAGCGAGGUGAAGACAAGAGGAAAAGCCAAAAGCAUGUCUCACACCACUUAUAAUAAGAUGUGGGCAGAAGCCCAAGAAGCCCUCAACGGUCUGCUCCAGAGGGAGACAGAAGAUAAGUCCCUAAAGCCACAGAAGGAUCGCAUAACAGUGUUCCAGACUUUAGCCACCUUCUACAUCAAAUAUGUGCAAAUUUUCUGUAACUUGGAGACUGUCUACGACCAGAUCGUUCACCCACAAAAACGGUUAGUGAUUCGGCAAGUGCUGGAGGGAGUGAUGGGCCGUAUCCUGGAGCUGAAGAAUGAAAUGGUGGAGCUGGAGAACUCAGAGUUUCAUUACUUUGAUGAUAUCCUGCAAGAUCUUAAGCUGUCCCCUGAACACAUAGAAAUACCUAUCCCAAGGUAUUUUAUUAAGGAGAAGCUGAAGGUGCUGAGAGAGAGGGAGAAAAUUCUUGCUCAGAUUUUAAUUAAUUCUGGAUUGCAAGACAUCAAACCGAAGAAAUACAUAAAGCCCUUGCCUCUCGAAGAAGUCAUUAGAGUAAUCCAGAUUUCGGAGAGGGCUCGUCAGGGUCGCCUAAGGGCUACAUUCAUGAAGCAAAUCUACCUGGAAGAAAAGAGAGAAAGACAAGCCAGACUUCAGGGAGUAAAAGGUCCGAAUUUGGAUGCUGCUGCACUUCGUAUUCAAAAGGUUUGGCGUGGAUUUACCCAGUGGAAGAAAACAGUGAAAAUGAGAGAAGAGGAAAUGAUAUUUCUGGGGAUGAACCCACCUCCUCAGUUCCAGAGAAUAAGUGCUUCAGUAGCACGUGCCCAGAAUGUGGAAACCAAGAGGUGUGAGGUCCAAGGGAGGCAUGAGACUGAAUACGAGAAAGCUCUGGUAUCCAUCAAGACCCAUCUGAGAGAAAUGGAAGGUCCUGACAUCAAGGAAAGUCUUCAGGAUCAGAUCCGCCAGUGGUUCAUUGAGUGCCGGCAUAUUACAGGCAAGUUUCCUGACUACCCUAAUGAAGAGGAGGGAGGUUCAACUGCGAUUUUUUCUCAAAAAACCCCAGACCAGGUUGCUGCCGAGCUGGCUGCUAAAGAAGAAGAAGCAGCUGUAAAGAAACAAACCAAAGAAAAGGGGAAAAAAGAAAAAGGGAAAAAGAAGAAGAAGAAGAAGAAAGGGAAAGGGAAAGAGAAAAAAGGAAAGAUGGACACUGAAGAAGAAGAGGGCUGGAAAAUGGCUCCUAGUAAUUUCCUCCCUAUAAUGGAGGAAGGAAACAACCAAUACAAAGACGUUUGGCAGAACAGAGAUGAGCGAUGGAAUUUCCCCCAGGAGUAUGACCCAGAAUUGAUCAAAGAGAAGAAGCGGAAAGAAGUGGAGGAGGAGAUCAGAGUGCAGGUUGAUGAGCUGAUGCGACAGGAACUGAAGAAUCUGAAACUGGCAGUGGACAGAGAGAAGGAGAAAAAACCGAAAAAGGGGAAAAAAGGUGGAAAGAAGAAAAAGAAAAAAGGGAAGAAAAGUGGGAAGAAGAAAAAGGAGAAAGAUUUGACUCCCGACAGGACCAUUGAUUCUCUGUACGAGGAAUUAGUAGAAGGAGGAUUACUAAUAAAGCCCAAGACAGUGAAACUCUCUGAUUAUGUUGGCGAGUACAGCUAUCUGGGGACUACGCUUCGUCAGGUAGAUAUAGAGCCAAUGCCCUCUCUCACAGAUGUCAGACAGCUAAUAGCACUGUAUGGAAUAUUGCCAUUAGGUUCUCAAGCAGUACAUGAGAAGGCUCCUUUGGUGAAAGCCCUGUUGCUAGCUGGGCCCACAGGAGUAGGAAAGAAAAUGCUGGUGCAUGCCCUCUGCACAGAAACAGGAGCCAAUCUCUUCAACUUGUCUGCCUCUAACAUUGCUGGGAAAUACCCAGGCAAGAGUGGUCUGCAAAUGAUGCUCCACAUGGUGUUCAAGGUGGCUAAGCAGCUACAGCCUUCAGUCAUCUGGAUUGGAGACGCAGAAAAAACAUUCUACAAAAAAGUGCCAAAGUCUGAAAAAGAGAUGGAACCUAAACGUCUGAAAAAGAAUCUCCCCAAAAUCCUGAAGAGUUUGAAAGCAGAGGACAGAGUCCUGGUUGUGGGGACUACCCAACGUCCCUUUGAUGCCGACCUCCGACCUUUCUGCAGAGUUUACAAAAAAAUCCUCCUGAUUCCCAGGCCAGACUAUGCUUCAAGAUUUGUCUUAUGGAAACACAUCAUCCUACAGAAUGGAGGGGCUGUCACCAAAUCAUUGAACAUAAGUUGCCUAGCAAAGGUUUCCGAUGGUUUCACCCAGGGACACAUCGUUUAUGCAGUGCAAACUGUCCUCAGUGAACGACGCCUCAGGCAGAUGACUAACAAGCCACUGACAGCUGCUGAGUUCCUGAGUUCCCUGGCCAGGCAGGACCCAGUGUACAAAGAGGAGGAAGAAACGUAUAAGGUUUGGUUUGCCAAGACACCUCUGGGGAAAGCACGUGCCAGAGCACUGAUGGAAGGUGAGGAAGUAGGAAAAGGAAAAGGAAAGGAUAAAGGGAAAAAGAAGGGAGGAAAGAAAGGGAAAAAGAAGAAAAAGUAAUUUGUUUCCUUGAGGAGAUCUCAUCUGGGAAUACAUCACAAGAAGCGUAUUGAUCCAUUUCUCUGAAGAGGGAUGAGGACAUUAGAGACAACAUACACAAAAAUCUGUGGCCAGCUCCGGAGGACGGCUAUAUUUCUAAGUGUGUUCCAUGGAAAAAAAAAAGUUGCAAAUAGGAUGAGACACCAGUGUGACAUUUAACUCCCACAAGAUUAAGAGCUAAUGACCACUGACUUUCUCAAGCAUCAUUUAUUCUAAAGAGUUUUUUAAGAAUUACUUAGGACUAUAUCAGACCAUCAAGUUUUUAGGCAAAACUCCUUAUUGAGUUCAAUGAGGAAUUUUGCUUAAAAACUGAUGUCGUGUUAAGAGCCUUUAAUUAUUUAUUUUUAUGUUAUUAACCUAGAUGCUUUGUAAAACUAACUGCUUUCCAUACCUGUAUGUCUAGUGUAUUCUAAUUCCCAAUAAAACUGUUAUAAAGGCU